UGUGUUGUUUAUAACCUCAAAAACUUUUAGUCGAUUUGACUAUUCAAUCCUGUUCGCUUGUACAGUGACGUGUGACGGUCUUAUCGAACCAAGACAGAUGUGAGGCAUUCGAUUUAAACCUUCUUCCGUAUCGCCCCCAUAACCCAAAAAUGGCUGGCAUGAGACCGGUGUUUUUGAAACCUAAGGACGAUGAUUUAUACCAAGAGGACAAGACCGACUUGGAUACGGACCAAACGACAGCUUUCAUCUACAAUCCUAACCUGUCGCUUCCACUAGAACAGCACCGGCAAAGGCUCCCCGUCUACAAAAAUCGUGAUCACAUCUUAUAUUUACUGGAACAGCAUCAAACAGUAGUGUUGGUUGGGGAAACAGGUUGUGGUAAAAGUACACAAAUUCCUCAGUAUUUGUAUGAAGCAGGAUGGUGUGCAGAUGGCAAAAUUGUUGGGAUUACCGAGCCGAGACGAGUAGCUGCUACCACUCUUGCUAACAGAGUUGCCGAUGAAAAGGGCACUCCUCUUGGUGCGGUUGUAGGAUAUUCAAUACGUUUUGAUGAUGCCUUUGACCCUCUGAACACGAAGAUAAAGUACAUGACCGAGGGUAUUUUGCUCCGUGAAAUGAUGGCUGAUCCUUUGUUAAGAAAUUACUGUUGCAUAGUUCUUGACGAAGUUCAUGAACGAACCCUCCUGACUGAUACCAUAAUGGGUCUACUGAAAAAGAUCCUCCAGAAGAGACGUUCAUUGAAAUUAAUAGUUGCAUCUGCAACUGUAGAUGCUGAGCAACUUAGGGACUUUUUUAAUUUUAAUUCCAAUAAGGAUUCCAUGAAAGACUCAGCUGUGAUUAUUAGUGUUCAAGGCAGGCUCUAUCCUGUUGAAGUGUUUUAUAGCCAAGAACCUGUACCUGACUAUGUUAAGGGAUCUGUAGACACAGCAAUGAAGAUACAUGAUAAUGAGCCAAAAGGAGACAUUUUAAUUUUUCUGACUGGCCAUGAAGAAGUGGAUCGUGCAAUAUCUCUUCUCAAAGAACAUGCUGUACAAAACAAAAAUAAUGAAUUGAAGUUAUUACCGUUGCCUAUGUAUGGCUCUCUGCCUUAUGGUGAUCAACUUAAAGUUUUUCGUCCAACACCCAGAGGUCUGAGGAAAGUAGUUGUCGCAACAAAUAUAGCUGAAACAUCUAUCACUAUAUCUGGAAUUGUGUAUGUAAUAGACUGUGGGUUUAUGAAAUUACGUUGGUUUAAUCCAGAGACCCAAGUUGACUCACUGGUGCUUGUUCCAACAUCUCAAGCCUCAGCUGAUCAGCGAGCUGGGCGAGCAGGCCGUGUCAGGUCUGGAAAAUGUUAUAGGCUGUAUAAAGAGGAAGAAUUUGAAAAACUUAGCGCUGCUACCCCUCCAGAAAUGCAGAGAACUGAAUUAUCUGGGGCUAUAUUGCAGCUAAAAGCUCUAGGAAUAAACAAUGUUUUAAGGUUUAAUUUUCCAUCUCCACCCCCUGCAAAAAACCUUCUGUCUGGCCUGGAGUUGUUGUAUGCUUUAAAUGCUAUUGAUGACAGUGGACAAUUAACUGACCCUCUUGGAGUGCGUAUGGCAGAAUUUCCAGUUUCACCUCUUCAUUCUAAAACACUUAUCUCAUCUGGAGAGUUUGGAUGUGCAGAGGAAAUGGCUUCAAUAAUGGCUGCAUUGCAGGUUCAGAAUAUUUUUACAAAACCUGGUGGGGGCCAAGCUGCUAUCAGAGCACGUAUUGCUCAUAGGAAGUUUGAAGUAGCUGAAGGAGAUAUGUUAACUUUACUGAAUGUAGUCACAGGCUUCUUGAAACAAGAAAAACAACGCUCAAAGUCAUGGUGUCAUGAGAAUUUUUUAAACUAUAAAGCUCUUCGAAGAGUGGAGCAAAUAAGGAAACAAAUUCUUAAGCUUCUAUCAAAGUUCAAGAUCCCAAUAGAAUCAUGCAGCGGUAGAUCUGAAGUUGUGUGUAGAUGUAUUACGGCUGGGCUUUUCCCUAAUGCUGCCUAUUUACAUCACUCAGGUGUGUAUCGAACUGUCCGAGGGGGUCAAGAGCUAUACAUUCACCCUAGCUCAGUUUUGUACACCCUAGAACAGCCUCAGUGGAUCCUAUUUAAUGAAAUAAUGAGUACAAAUCGUGCCUACAUGAGAGAGAUAACUGUAGUUCACCCAGAUUGGUUGGAGGAACUGGCUCCACAUUUUUACCAAAAAAGAUUUGAUCGGGACUGAUGUUUAUGAUGUGGAAAAUCUGUAAAAAAAACUAGUGAUUCAAACUGUUACAUUACCUAAAUUGUGAUUUUCAAUGUAAUUCUUUGAUUUUCAUUGAAUUUUGUACCAAGAAUGUUGUAGAAAAAACGUAUUGAAGUAUGCGUAAAAAUCUUGUCAAAGGUGCUCUAUACCAUACUACUGAAUAAACUGGUCAUUUAUUGUA